CUUUGUGUGGAGUAAGUGGGCUGGGUCACAGAGGAAGUAUGUCAGACCGGUGAGACGGAACGUCCACAGAGCCAUUGGAAGAACCAGAGAGAGGAGCCCUCUGUGUGGAGUUUGAUUUAGUGUGUGUUUGUGGUUUGCUGAGUUGUGAUGGUAGCAGAGGAGGUGAUAGUCACUCUCUCAGGAGGUGCUCCGUGGGGCUUUAGACUGCAAGGAGGAGUUGAAGAUCAGUCACCGCUACAGGUGUCCAAGGUGAGGCGACGCAGUAAGGCGUGCAGGGCGGGCCUUCGGGAGGAAGAUGAAUUGGUUGCCAUCGGGGACUGUGUGUCUUCUGAGCUCAGCCACGCACAGGCCAUGACCCUUAUCGACUCCCACCGACACACACUCAACCUCAGGGUCAAGAGGUCUGGGUUGAACACCGCGGUCUCGUCGGGCCGCACACACUCGCCCGCGGCAGCCCAAACAUGCCCGCACCCUGUUGACAGGACGGCCUGCCUCACGCUGACCUCCCCCCCCGACAGCGAGGCCUACUACGGGGAGACGGACAGCGAUGCGGACACACAUACACACGCGCACCGCCGACAGCGGCGCUCGUCUCCACACGACCGUCUUCCCAGUCGCCAGCAGAACGAGGAGGAGGAGACCUCUGAGAUGAGCGGGUAUGAGAGCGCUCCAGAUGUUGGGAUUUCCCUGCAGGGGACCUGGGGGCAUUUGCCCACACUGGGAAACGGAGGAUUCCAACAGUGGGAGCCACCGGCCGGUCUAGAACCAGGGUUUCAACCAGGAGUGCCACGCAGGGACGUGGUCUACCAACCCCCCCAGGCCCGCCCCGUCCCACACCCUGAACGAGGGGAAGUGGUGGAGGGAGGAGAGCCAGAGGGAGAAGGAGACAGUGGCUUCCAGGAGGCCGGUGUGUGUGUGAGCCUGGCCUGCUCCCCUCUGGUGUCUCCAGAACGGGCUAAAGGAGCCAUGAUGCUGGGUUCCAGCCGACAGAUGGUUCCCAUGGUGGGCGCCCAGCUGACCCCGGUCAGCGAUCAGCUGUCCUCUACGUACAAGGACAAGGCCCGGCAAGCCAAGCUGCAGAGAGAUGACAGUGUGGUAGAGAAGCAGGUUAAAGAGGCUCGUACUAAAUGUCGUUCCAUCGCCUCCCUGCUCACUGAUGCUCCCAACCCCAACUCCAAAGGAGUUCUUAUGUUCAAGAAGAGACGCCAGCGUGCUAAGAAGUACACGCUCACCUGCUUCGGCCGUGCAGAAGGGGACAUGGGUCCCGACACUGGAGGAGAGACUGAGUUAGAGGACGAGGGGAGCUCCUUUCCCUCCGGGUCGGAGGUGGAUGAAGAUGACGCGGUUGGAACCUUUGACCCUACCUGGGACAGCGGAUAUUUGGAUCUGUUGGAUAGGAGAAGCUCCGCCUGCCCUUCCACCUAUAACUCAAGGCCCCAAACGCCAACCAAUCAGUGCUCAGGGUUGGAUUACUCAGCCUAUCAGAGCCAGGAUCUGAACGUGUCCACCAAUCAGGGCUCUGGGAUUAAUGCCCCAGCUUAUCAGAGCCCUGGGCUGGACUCCAUUGGUUACGAGAGGAACGAGGAGGAACAGUUUGAUCAGCCGAUGAAAUGGGCUAACCCUGUCAACUUUAAUCCCACAUCUAACCCCUCCCCUGCAGCAGGUCUGUCUAAUGGGGGCUCAGUGGGGGUGAGUCAAGCCUGUGUUUUUCUUACUCCACCCUCUCACACCACAGUACUCAACCAGCCCAUCCCUAACUCCAACCCUGACCCUACUCCACCUGGCAGUAUCCAUAACCGCACGGCACGCCCCUUCACCUCGGGCCUUAGCCCAGCUCACCGCCCCACCACCCCUGUCGUCUUCCGACCCCUCCAGCCCCCCCCGGCUGUGAAAACGGUUUCCAAACCCACUGCUGCAGUAUCCAUGGUGACCGUCUCACCCCCUCGUCCUUCAGGGGGUCCCGAGGCAAGGAGAGCAAUCUCUAGCACCUCCCUCUACAUCCCCCCUAGAUCUGCUCCUUCCAUCCUCUCUCCUCCCUUGGUCCUAUCUCCGUCCUCCUCUCUAGCCUCAGCUCCAUUCUCUCCCACCCGCUCUUCCACUCAAACUGGUCCUCAUCCUUCUAUCCAUACUUCCACUUUCUCUACCUCUUCUGGCCCCCAUACCCAUUCCACUCCUCAUCCUCAACCAACCCAACCCUCCUCCCCUCCUCCUGGUCAAACCUUUCCCCCUCCUCAUGGCCCCAUCUACCAGUCCUCUACUGUGGGGGCCCAACCCUUCUCUCCUGUUCCCACUCAACAACCGUUCCCUCCCCCCAGUCAACCAUUCACUCCUUCCUUUGGCACACCUUACUCUCAGACCCAAGCCCCUCCUCCCCUGAACUUUAACCCCUACACUGUUACAACAACCCCCGCCAUACUGACCCCCUCCACUGCCCAGUCCCCGGUCUCUGAUUCGCUGGCGUCCCGUGAGCAGCGUAUUGCCGUGCCUGCCUUCAGAACAGGCAUCCUGGCUGAGGCACGUCGGCGCGGCAACAAGAAGCCCAUGUUCCGUCCCUCUGUGGAGAACAAGAAGGACGUGUCUCCCAAUCCAGCCCUACUGGAACUGCUCCAGAACCCAGACACUCCCACCACAAUAGGCCCAGGCCCCAUUGGGCUGAGUGGAGGAGCUGGGGGUGGGGAGACUGGAGCUGAGUCAGGUCCUGAAGAGGAUUGGUUGAGGCUGGGGGCAGAGGCCUGUAACUUCAUGCAAACCCAGAGAGGCCCCCAACCCCCACCUGUGGCCCCUAAACCCAAGGCCCCUCCACAGGUACCCCAGCUGGCAGGGAAGGGAGGUCAACUGUUUGCCCGUCGGCAGAGCAGGAUGGAUCGCUAUGUCGUGGACAGUGCCCCUUCCUCCCCCCAACCCUCCCUCGCCCACCUCCGGCAGGCCUCUCCUACCCCCUCCCUCCCUUCUCAAUUCAAAUACUCUUCCAGCUGCAGGGCCCCCCCACCAAUCAGCUACAACCCCUUGCUCUCUCCCUCAUGUCCUCCACAGGCUCAGCGCCAGAGGGCAGGGGCAGCAGGGAAAGGUGGGGGACCGACGGGGCACAAAGCUGCCUCUGGGGGUCAGAAGACUCAAGGCACCAAGGCGACAGACUUCCUGAGUUACCAACCCUACCAGCUAAACUCCUCCCUCUUCAGCUAUGGGGGCGGGACUCCACAGCCAGCCCCAGGCAUGACAGGUGGCUCACAGGGGCCAAUCAAAAUGCCCCGUGUGUAUGAGGUCAAGCGGUUCUCCACGCCACCCCCCACCGGCCCCGUCCCUACAGUUAUCGCCCCGCGGUCAGCAACCACACUUGGAGAACCGCUGUGGAGGUCUGAUGUCAUUUCCCCUCUGCCAACAGCCACUUCCUUCUACCCCUCCCCCGUUGCCUACCAGCCUCCCCCACAGUGGGCCCCUCCUCCCCCAGCCCCAACCACGCCCCUCCCUCAGCUUCCUAGCUUAUCCUCCGCCCAUGUCCAUAAACCUCCCCCGGAUGCAUCUCAGCCCUACACCUCUCAGCAGGGUAACAGGCAGUUUAAGAGUGCCCCUGAGCUGAGCCCUCUGGUCAAUAUGCCACCUCGCCCUGCCUCCAGCCAGCCCUCCAGAGUACCUCGCCCCAGGUUCAGCACCUCUAACCUGGGUCUGCAAGCCAGCAUCUGGAGACCCGGAUCCACCAUGCACUGACAUUACACACCAUGGGUCUGAAAGAAAGAGACAGAGAGAGAGAGAGACAGAGAGACAGAAAGAGAGAGAGAGAGAGAGAGCAAGAGAGAGAGAGAGAGACAGAAGAAGAGAACGAGAGAGAUGACAGAAAUAGCCUGUAUGAUUGUGUCUUAGUCAGACUACAGGAGAUCUUCCUACUGAACAUUGGUCUACACAAGCAUCAGAGAUGUGGCCGCAAUUCAUUUAAAUUCACUGGUUUGAUAUUUCUUUGGUUUGUGGUUUUCUUUAUCACAUUCACACAUCCACAUCUUAAUUGAUUUCUUGUUAUUAUAGACACUAUUGCAAAUCUGUUUGGUAUUUUGACCUCACGAAAAUAAUAUGAUUUUAAGCAUAGUUGACAGACUGUAGAAUAAAUGUUGCUGAUAUGUGAAUAUGGCAAACCUAAAAAAGCCAGAAGUUAUGUAAAAUGUUUAAUAUACAGAGACAUGGAUCGGGCGAGAGAAUACGACAUGAUGUGACAUGUUUGAUAAUAUAAUAUGUUAAAAUGGGAUAUUAUGUACGUUUGAUAACGUUUGUUUCAAGUUAAAAUGGCACAUGAUAUAAGUUUGAUAAAGAUUAUUUGAAGUUAAAAUGGGACAAGCAAUGAGCAAUGAGGAAUUAAGUUGUUUAAAUAAUAAACAGACGAGUUGAGGAUGUGGGGGGAAAACUGACCUGUAAAAAGGAGGUCAAGGAAAUAGAUAUAAGUGAAGAGAAAAAGGAAUGAAGAAAAAAAGACAGAGAAGAUACACAUAGUAAAUCUGGCUACUGAUCUAUCAAAGGUGGGGCUACAAGAGGCUCAGCAGAAUAAUCCAGGCGUGUAUGUACCAUGCAGUUGACCUGGGAUUAAAAUAAGUAUAACUCAUGUGGUCUCUAAAGGUCACUUGCUUCUGCUGUGGCAAAUCUUCUUUUUUGCUUUUUCCAGUAUUAUAGUCAAGAUUAUUAUUAUUAUUAUGAAAUAGCCCGUUUUUCCUAGUUUGAUAUAAUAUGGUUGUUUAAGAGUAUUGCACACUAGUACCCUCUAUAUCAGCAUGUUUUUGCUUGGUUUUCUUUCUUUUAUCUUUCCACAUCAUGAAGUUUAUUGCCACAUUGUGAUAGGAAAAGGAAGAGAAUGAUAGGGGGGAGAUUUUGUCUGAUUGUCGAUAUGGAGAGUUGACCAGUUAAUGCAGUGUUCUGAGCUUCUGACAAAUAAACAUGAACUCUCCA